AUGGUUUCGUGGUUUCCAGCAUGGGCAUGGCUACAAAAACCACACAUCCACUCUCUAGUUUUUGCAGAGACGUACACGCAAUACGAUUUCUCUUUGUCCCUUUCUGCUCUACGCCAUUCCAUUCCUCAUGCACAGUCCAAACGACAUUUUGGGCGGUAUAUCAUGGAAACCAAGGUCAAACACCCCAAACAGAACUUUAAAUCCUGUGUCGGUUGUUUCUAUGCGAUGUACAAUCCAAACAAACAACCACAUACGCACAACACGAUGUACAGAAUCAUCAAACCACGCGCCGCCCAAAGCCGCGGCGCUGACACCUUCUUAGCCUCCACCAGCUACCAACAUUACUCCACUACAGAUCUUGCUGCUUCUUCUAUUCUUUCUUAUAGAAUAAAGCCGGAGUAA